AUGUCAUCUGGCUUCGUCUCGGGAGGCACCAUCGAUGAGCCGACUCAAAGAGAUGAUGAGUGGCGUCGUGCCCAACAGGAAUUAGAGGACGAAAGACGCCGGAAGGCAGAGCUUGGGAAGCAAAAUGAUGGGAAAAGCCUUUAUGAAGUGUUACAGCAAAAUAAGAUGGCCAAGCAAGAGGCAUUUGAAGAAUCAAUACGCUUAAAAAAUCAGUUCCGUUCCCUGGAUGAAGAUGAGGUCGAAUUUCUUGAUUCAUUGCUAGAGUCAACCCGAGCCAAGGAAGAUGCAGUCAAGAAAGAGACCGCCGAGCACCUUGCCGCCUAUCAGCGUCAACGUGAAGAGGCCGAGCGAGCUUUGAUUGAAGGUCCAUCUGGCGGACAAAAUGUCUCUGGGAGCGCUACAAAUCCGGCCGGUGAUGAGGAACUGUGGGCUGUUGCAGGAAAAAAGCGCAAGAGAAACAAAAAGGACUUCUUAGUUCCUCCUAAGAUCCGCAAAUCAUCAACCAACCUUAACGACACUCCAAAUGCCCCAGACCCUAAACAAAAACCCGCCACAACGACCUCCAGAGGUGUGACGAAAGAAUCGAUCCCUCGUGUUUCUCAGUCAGCUUCAGUGCGCACCGAGGGUACUUCGGUUAAGGAGAUCAAAAGUAAAAGCAACGAAGCUUUGCCCAUAAAAGACAGCACAGAGCAAAAAGCAGCAGUCGGGCCGUCCCUUGGUCUAGUUGCCUAUGAUUCCGAUGAGGAUUCUGAUUAG